AUGCCGACAAGUGAAUAUUUUGCUCAAGUGCCUCCUUUCCCUUCGGAUGUGCAUAUCGUACCGUUGCCCAAGGUGUCGCUUCAAAACCUUGAGAAUCAAAGAGUGGAGGAGAGCCAACUCUUGUUUGAAGCCUCUCAAAAUUGGGGGUUCUUCUUGCUAGAUCUGCAACAGUCAGAGAUGGGCGAAGAGCUCCUAGGGGUUGCGGAAAAGAUAUUCGAUCUGACAACAGAAAAUUUUAAUCUCGACCACUAUAAGAGCAAAGGUAAGCUCAAGACAGAUGAUGGUAAGAUGGAUCGCAUGGAUCUUUAUUCAAUCAGCCAAGAUGACAUUCUUGGUAACCGUCCACCACGCAAGAACGCCGAUUCUAUUGAAGCCAAGCGAGCGGAACUAGGGCAAUUCAUGAGGACUUCCCAUUCUGUGAUAAUCUUAUCGAGGCUUGAUCAUCAGCUUGGACUGGAACCCGGAACUCUCGGUGCACCCAGUCCACUGGAUCAAAUAUCCGAGACAUCAGUCCGGUUAUUAUUGGACCAGUCUCAAUCCACACCCGAAUAUGAUAGCAUCACCCUUGGUGGACACACUGACAUCGGGACCAUCACACUGCUGUUCAAUGUGGUAGGCGGAUUACAAAUACUUCCAGCAGGCAAAGAAAACAUCCGAGAAAAUUGGUUAUAUAUCAAGCCGGAACCGGGUCAUGCGUUGGUCAACAUUGGCGAUACUUUAGUCGAGCGGACAGGAGGGGUUCUUAGGAGUUCAUUGCAUCGAGUUUUAACGGCUCCGGGAGAACAGGCGCUGAUAGGCCGCCAAAGUGUGGCGUACUUGGUGCGCGCAUACAACAGCGCCUCCAUGCAGAGAUUGAAGGGGGGGAUCAUUCCACCAGUGGAGAAUGAGGAUGAGGAGACCCGCUCAGUCGAUGAAUGGGCUGCAUGGCGUACAAAGCAAAUCAUUCUUGGUCAACUGAAGCCACAAACUAGGGGUGGAAAACCGAUGGGCAAGGUGUAG